GCUCUCUCAUUCUCAAAAUGGGCCUCUCUUUCUCGCUUCAAACCAUGGCACUCUUCGCUCUCUUGUGUCUCCCUUUGGCUGCUCCCUUCACCGUGAUCAUGUCGGACUCCGGUGCGCCCUCCGCCCUAGUCGACGGCCCGCAAAUUGGGUUCUCCAUGACUGGCAACGGAGCUCGAACCGAUGCCCGGGAGCAGGAGGCUGUCUACGACAUCAUGAAGGCCACCGGAAAUCCUUGGGCCACGGAUAUCCAAGACGUCUGCCGUGACCGGUGGCAUGGCAUUGAGUGCAUGCCGGACAAGGACAACGUCUACCACGUCGUGUCGCUUUCGUUUGGAGCGCUCUCCGAUGACACAGCUUUUCCGACGUGUGAUCCGCUCCAUUCCUCCAUUUCACCUUCCAUCACCAAGCUUCCUCACAUUAGGACCUUGUUCUUUUACCGUUGUUUCAGUUACAAUCCUCAGCCAAUUCCUGCGUUUUUGGGCCAGUUAGGGUCCACUCUACAAACCCUGGUCCUUAGGGAAAACGGCCAUGUGGGCCCAAUUCCCAGCGAGCUAGGCAAUCUCACCCGUUUAACGAUCCUUGAUCUUCACAAGAACAAUCUCAGCGGUUCAAUACCAGUUUCUCUGGGCCGGAUCUCCGGUCUGAGGUCGUUAGACCUGAGUGGGAACAGAUUAACCGGUUCAAUCCCCGGUUUAACCUUCCCGGUUCUGAAUGUGCUAGACCUGAACCAGAAUCUCCUCGUGGGUUCAAUCCCAACUAGCCUUGGUACCUGCUAUUCCCUCGUCAAAAUGGACAUCAGCCACAAUCAUCUCUCCGGUCCGAUCCCCGACUCCAUCGACGGUCUGAAGAGCCUAAUUCUCAUGGACUUGAGCUACAACCACCUCUCCGGUCCACUUCCGACGUCUCUCCGGAGCUUGAAUUCCCUCCAAGCAUUGAUCCUGAAAGGGAACUCAAUGGGUUCCACUCCAAUUCCCACUGAUGCAUUCGACGGCAUGAAAGAUCUAAUGAUUCUCAUUCUCUCAAACACGAACCUCCACGGUCCAAUUCCCGAGUCACUAGGCCGGUUACCCAACCUACGAGUGGUCCACCUCGACAUGAACUGGCUCAACGGUUCAAUUCCGGUUCACUUUCGAGAUUUAAAGAAUCUAAGUGAGCUAAGACUCAAUGAUAACCGGCUCAUCGGACCGGUCCCAUUUGGGAGGGAGAUGGUUUGGAGAAUGAAGAAGAAGCUCAGGCUUUACAACAACUCUGGCCUUUGUUUUGAUGCCAGCAACGGCUUCGGCGAUGAAGUGCUCGAAUCGGGUACCCGAUACUGCGAGACCCCGAAGCCGGGGUUGACGAGAACAGUGCAGCAUUAUUCUGCCAUCAAUGGAGAUGUAGGAAGAAGGGUUAAAGUCUCAUCUGCUGCUGCAGCCGCUGAGCCUUCACUCGUUGCUGGUUUGCUUCAGUUAACCAUACAUGCAAUGUGCAUCCUCUCGUUAAUGAGAUGAAGAGAGAGUUCAUUAAAUUCUCUGCAAAGCAUCAAACAACAGUAUUGUUAUGUUUACCUGUUAAUAAAUAAGUUGGGAGUGUUUGGUUGGACGGAA